GGUUUUCUUCCUCAAAAACCCAAUUUCCUUUUUGUCUCUCCCGUUUAAUUUUUCUCUCCAAAAUUUUCAUCUGAGAAAAAAAUGUUUCGAAACAGUAAAACAGACCCAUCUCCAAUAUACGUAAGGUCUCGAUUUUCGUCACUUCGUCUAGAACAUCUGAAUUAUUCAUAUCUUGUUCAACCACAUGCAUCACACGGUGUGUUCCCUGACACAAAUUUAUCAUCAUCAUCAUCAUCAUCAUCGAUGAUAGCAGGAGCAAGAGUAUCGAAAUUAAUGAGAUCAAUCAGUUCCAUCGCUAAAGAAGUAGUAUCAUCUGCUGUUGGAAAACUCGAAGAUACUGAUGUUGAAAAUUCUGCGGGAGACCCAUCUGACGAUCACUCUCAGUCCUUAUCCGUGGAUAAGGGUAAUAGCAUUCUGGAACAACAAUCUGGUAAUUCUGUUGUUGGUCCUCCAGAUUGCUCCAUCGUUACAAAUAAUCAAACUGAUAGCGUGGAGGCAAAUCGGGGAUCUGUUUCAGAAAAAAUGGAUCAAAACAUUAAAGCAGACCUAAUUUCCACAACAGCUGUACCCCAACAAGCAUCACACUGUGUGUUCCCUAACACAAAUUUAUCAGCAUUAUCAUCGACUACAGCAGCAGCAAGAGCAUCGAAAUCAAUGAGAUCAAUCAGUUCCAUCGCUAAAGAAGUAGUAUCAUCUGCUAUUGGAAAACUUGAAGAUACCGAUAUUGAAAAUUCUGCGAGAAACUAGGGAUUGUUGAUAACUGGUCCAAGUCCUUUCACAAGUCUAACUUGUAGUUCGGCUGCAACUCCCGACUCUAUAGCUCUGGGUACAAACUUACCAAUAACUAAUUCCAGUAACUUGUAGUCCUUUCAUACAACAGCUGUACCCAAAAAAAAAACUAAUUUGAUUUCCUUUUGUUUCUCACGUUCCAUUUUUGAAAAAAUAGAUCAAAACAGCAUAACAGACCCAAUUCUAUCAUAUGUAAGGACUCGCAUUCCAUCACUUGGUCUGGUACAACCAAAUGAUUCGGAUCUUGAUGAUUUAUUACAACGACUUGAGACAAAAAUACAUAUCAAACAACAAGCAUCAGGCGGUCGGUACCCCAGCACAAAUUCAUCUGCAUCACCAUCAACAACAGCAAUAGGAAGAUCGAAAUCAAUGAGAUCAAACAGUUCCAUCGCUAAAGAAGUAGCAUCAUCUACUAUUGAUUCUUCAGCUGGUGAAAUCUCUAAUGAGGAAUCUGAGAUAGAUUCCAAAUUGGCUAAGAUCAGUGGUACUAUGGAACGGGACCUUUCACCAGAUACUGAUGAUCCUUCUACAGUUUUAGUGACAGAUGAUGAAGCCAAGGAAGCAGUAAUGAACUCAGAAGUUUCCCAGACCAAAAUUUCACCUAGUUCUAAUGGAGGUUGCAUAGUCAAAGAAGUGAAAGAAGUCUUAGUUAUUCAUCUGGAAAUUGCUGAUCCUAGUGUAAGUAUAACCAGCUUUCCAGUAGCUACUGAGGAAAGUUUCACCAGUCCUACAAAAAAAUCCCUGGCAGCUGCAGUUUGUCCUUCUGAAUCUGUUGAGAAUUUAAUCCAUGAUGAAUCUGUCACUACGGUUUUAGUGACAGAUGAAGAAGCCAAGGAAGCAGUAAUGAAUUUAGAAGUUUCCCAAGCUAAAAUCCCUAGUCCUAAUGAAGGUUGCAUUUUCAGAGAAGUGAAGGAAGUCUUAGUUGUUCAUCCAGAAAUUGCUGAUCCUAGUGUAAGUAUAACCAGCUUUGGAGUAGCUACUGAGGAAAAUUUCAGCAAUCCUACAGAAAAUUCCCCGACAGUUCCAGAAAUUGCUGAUCCUAGUGUAAGUGUAACUAGCUUUGGAGUAGCUACUGAGGAAAAUUUCACCAAUCCCACCGAAAAAUCCUCGGCAGUUGCAGGUUGUCCCUCCGACUCUGUUGAGAAUUUAAUCCAUGAUAAUCCUACUAAUCCAAUUAGAGUUUUAGUGACAGAUGAAGAAGCCAAGGAUGCAGUAAUGAACUCAGAAGUUUCCCAAGCUAGAAUUUCCCCUUGUCCUAAUGAAGGUUGCAUUGUUAGGGAAGUGAAAAAAGUGUUAGCUGUUCGUCUGGAAAUUGCUGAUCCUAGCGUAAGUGUAACCAGCUUUGGAGUAGUUGCUACUGAGGAAAAUUUCACCAAUCCCACAGAAAAAUCCCCGACAGUUGCAGUUUGUCCCUUUGAAUCUGUUGAGAAUUUAAUCCAUGAAGAGACUGAAAAUUCUGCUGGAGACCCAUCUGAUGGUCACUCUCAAUCGUUAUCGUUGGAUGAGGGUGAUUGCAUUCUGGAACAACAAUCUGAUAGUUUUGUUGUUAGUCCUCCAGAUUGCUUCAUCGUUACAAAUAGUCAAACUGAUAACGCGGAGGCAAAUCUGGGGGGUUCUGUUUCAGAUGGAACGUCUCUUUCUUUGAAAGAUGUGAUUGAUGUACAAGGAACCAAUACCCAGGCAACGCAAGGAACUAACUCACACAGAAUAAGCACCGACAGAUUUGAUCCAUCUUCUCCCACAUCCUUCGUCAAAUCCCGAAAUGAAGGAGACCUAAAAUCUGCUUCUUCUGAAUUCCAGAUUCUAACUACUCGAGGAGAGAAGAAGAAUGGUAUUUCGUUCAUAAGUCGCAUUGGGUCAAUAGUCAAAAGCAAGAAGGUGAAAACCAAACAAAAUGAUGAUGGCCACUUACCCAAGAUUGUGAAUUCUACAACUGCCAACAAACAGAAGAAAAGGGAUUCCCCUGCUCGGAAAAUGAAAUUUCGGGUACCAUUCAUGUGCGGUGGUCUGCUGUAAGUUCGAAAACCCAGUCAUAGUAUCAACCAUUUUGAAUUGGCGUGAAUUUUCAAACUUCUUUGGUGUAGGUUAAGAUGGACAUAGUAGUUUUAUUCAUUCAGGUGUGAAAUUUCAUUAUACUACUUAUGUAGAUAUCUUGUGCAGGUUUGGAAUAGGUUUGUUAAGUUUGGACCAUAGUUGUGUUGUUAUAUGCUAGUAUGUGAGCUUUUCUAUUUUAUUGGUUAAUUUUGUAAGACAAUAAGCAAAUUGUGUUGGUAUCUUUUUGUUUUAGAAAGAAUUUCUGGCUUCUUUUCUUGCAA